UGUAUCGCAGACGGGAUGUUGAGAAAGUAAAUCAUAUUUAUCCGUUUUAGCAUGUAAUUUGCAUCGAAUAGAAAAUUAUAGAAUAUUUCAGUGUCUUGAGAAUGCGCCUUUCGUUAGGUAUAGUGAGUGAGUGCCAAAUUAUUAGUUGUCCAGUGUUAAUACGUUGGGAAUCUGUGAUGAACAAUAUGUAUGGCUGUGCCUAUUUAAAGUGAUUUUAUGAGUGUUUUAUAAAAACAACAAGCAGAAUGCCGAGAGGUGAGAACAGGCCGAGCGUCCUUUUGUCUCGGGAAGAGAACGAACAGGUGUUUAGUCUCAUAGGUCCAAAAUGUCAGAGUCUAGCGACUGCCGUAGUACAGCUUUUCACCACGGAAGGGCCAGGCCACACAGAAUGGAAGAAAAAGGACACAGGUGUGCUCUGCCUGAUAAAGGACAACAGCAAACGAUCGUACUUCUUCAGGAUCUAUUGCUUAUACAGGAAGACGAUGAUAUGGGAACACGAGGUCUACAUGCAAAUAGAGUAUAAGAGUCCAAGACCGUAUCUACACACGUUUGAAGCUGAGGAAUACAUGACAGCGUUCAACUUCGCCAACGAAGAUGAAGCCAGAGUGCUCAGGAAUAUACUUAUCGAGAAAAUCGAACUGCGGAAACAGAGGCGGGAAGAACGCAGACAGCGUUCCAUGCUAGCAUCUCGCGCGAACAGCUCUGCGUCAAGCACGCCGAACUUAUCCGCUCGCGUGAACGGCGUAGCACACACGCACAUGCCGCCCGUCGCAACGCCCGUACCUGCGCCCGCGCAAGUCAAGAGCAAUGCUGUUUCUGGCAGUGGAUACACAUUGAAAGGCAAGAAACAGAAAGCGCGAAAACUGACGAAGGCGGACAUCGGCGCGCCGCAAGACUUCAAGCACAUAUCGCACGUAGGAUGGGAUGCUGAUAAAGGUUUCGACGUAGACAAUCUACCAGAAGCAGAAAUGAAAUCUUUCUUCUUCAAAGCCGGCAUCAGCGACUCGCAACUACAGGACCAUGCCACUAGACAGUUCAUAUACGACUUUAUCAAUAGAAACGGAGGGUUAGAUGCAGUAAAGGAGGAGCUACAUGAUGCUCCUAAAGCGUCCCGCGCGCCGCCGCCGCCGCCCGCGCGCGCCGUGCCGCCGCCGCCGCCGCCGCCCGCCGGCCUCGCGCGCAACCCGCCGCCGAGACCGAUGCAACCGCCGUCGGCCGCGCCGCCGUCAGUGCCCCCGCCCCCGCCGCCGUGCGCCGCGCCCCCGCCCCCGCCGCCGCCCCCCGCGCCGCCCGCGCCCCACGCCCCCGCGCCCCACGCCCCCGCGCCCCACGCGCCCCCCGCACCGCCCCCGCCGCCCGACAUGCCCGCGGAGACACCAGAUUCAAGGGCAGCGCUUAUGGAGAGCAUCAGAAAUGGAAGCAAGACACUGCGGCAUGUUGAAGUGGGAUCCAAGACUUCGCUCAAUGACGACAGCAGGAGUAACUUGCUGAGUGAAAUUCGACAAGGCAUCAAUUUGCGUGCUGUGAACCGCGUAACAGGACCAGUAGAACCUUCCGCCCCAACUUGCGGACUAGCGGGCGCACUAGCUAAAGCGUUACAAGAACGAGCUCGCGCGAUACACUCGUCCGACUCGGAGGACAGCCAGACCACGAGUGACGGCGAGUGGGACGAUUAGCUGCGGUUUGAAUUUGGAACGCUGUUUAGACUACGUCUUUACUGCGGUGUCCGGCGAUUAUUGUAUGGAAACGGGAAAUCAAGCAUUUCAACACAAAAACAACCAAGAACUAAUGUUAUGUUUCAAAUUAGUUUUAGAUACUAUAAGAAUAUUGUUUGUUAACUUUCAUACUUCUGUACUCAAAUUCAAAUUUAUUGAAGUACUGUUUUAUAUUUUAGUACAAAAUCUUUCUCUUGUCUGUUUUUAUAAAAUUAAUACUUAUAUUCUUAUUACAAUAUGAUGGGAAUAAUAAUGAAUAACAUUGUUAUUUACAAUUUAUAAUUAUUGUAAACACAACUAUUUCUUAAUAAAAACAAUAACUUGAAAGAUUCACGAUCGAUAUAGUAGAUUGUUUGGUACAAGCAACAACUAAAACCUUUCCUCUGUCUAGUAUUAGUAAAGGUAUUUUUUUUAAUAUAAUAAUGUUCUUUAUUUCAUUACACAUAGAGACUCGAGAAAUUUUCAAUUUCAUUGCUCAACAUAUAGACAAUUUAAAAAACACGACGUGUUGCACUCGGGGACUGCCGCGGUAAAGCUAUUGCAUGCUAUGCCUUCAAGCCACACCUCCGCCCGUCGGA